AUGGUUGAAUUGUCCAAAGCAGAGAUUGAAGAUAUCAAGGAAGUCUUCGACCUGUUCGAUUUCUGGGAUGGUCGUGAUGGCAUGAUCGACGCUGUGAAGGUCCCAGAUCUUCUUCGAUGUGCCGGAAUGAACCCGACCAUCAAGGUCUGCUUGAAGCACGGUGCAACAAAGAAAACGGGUGAGAAGCAAUACAAAUUCGACGAGUUUUUGCCCAUUUACGACUCGAUUAUCAAGGAAAAGGAGGGAGGCACCUUCGCUGACUUUAUGGAAGCCUUCAAGACUUUCGACCGUGAAGGACAGGGAUUUAUCUCCGCAGCCGAGCUGCGACACGUCCUUUCCGGCUAUGGUGAGCGCUUGGACGAUAAUCAGAUCGACGAGAUUAUCAAGCUUACCAAUCUUCAUGAAGAUCUUGACGGAAAUGUCAAAUACGAAGGUGAGGGUUUGUCAAUAUCGAUUAUUUUCCUUGGUUAA